AUGACUGCAAAAGCCACCAGCAAACCGCUUGUGCCCAAGGUCGAGGCCGCGCUGGCGAUCGACGCCGUCGCCGUCGAUGCCCCGCCGCGCGACCACCAAAUGAACGGGCUGGCCUCCGGACUGAGUAACGGGCUGGACCCGCUGCUGGCCGUCGUGCUGACGCUGCUGUCGGGCGACGACGAGCGCCUGAGCGACAACAAGUCCGACGAGCUGAUGAAACGGCUCCUGAAACUGGGGCUCCCCAAAAAAUACUUUUGCAAGUCGUGUAAUCAAGGGUUCACUCGCAAACACAAUAUGAUCCUGCACGAGCUCAUUCACCUGACGGUGAAGCCCCACCAGUGUCUGGUGUGUCUGCUAAAGUUCCGCCGCAUCCACGACCUUAAACGUCACGAAAAACUCCACACCGGCGAGAAGCCCCACGUGUGCAAACGGUGCAACAAAAAGUUCACCCGCAACGACGCUCUCGCCCGACAUCAAAACCUGCCCAACGCCUGUAUCCCCGUGCGCGAUCGCGACUCUCCCGACGAUUCCAGCAGCGGUAGUGGUAGCGGCAACGGCUCGAGCUCCGCCGACAGCAAUAACACGCGGGCGCUGCUGCAGCGGCCGCUGGCCCUGCUGGAGUUGCUGCUGGAGAACUUGGCCAAAGUGACGGCGGCGGCAGCAGAAGCAGCGCCGACGGCAACUCCCCUCAAGUCGGAGCUGGUCGAUACUCAGCUGACGCCGCAGGCGCUGCUCCCCCAGCCGCAGCUUCUGGCGCGUCCUUCUAAACUGCAUUUCACUCUGAGCUUCGACAAGCCCGAUUUUAAGUCCGACUUCACGGCGCUGCCGCUGGCGCCGGCGGUGCCGGCGUCGCACCUUCAGCAGCUGAACCACGAGUACCUGAACUAUAACCGCAUCAACGACUUGCCCCAGCCGAAACGGGUGCUGCUGAUGGUGUUCCCCAAUAAUCCCUAUCUGCAGUUUGUGCCGCCGGUGCUCCACAACCCGCCCACGGCGCAAAACGGCCACCAGUCCCAGUUGGUGCCGCUGAUGGUGUUGGACAAUAAUGCCGCCAACGGCACCGCCAACGGCUCGGUGCCGCCGCCGCCGAAUCCUUCUGCCAGUACCGUUGCCGCCACCUCCAGUGGUGCCCUCGCGCUGACGACGUCACCCGACGCCGCCGGGGCGCCGCCGCUGCUACUGCCCACCAAGACUCAUGCCGAGGUGUCGUUGGACACCGGCAAGUACGUCCCUCUCGAGAAGUACCAGGACCUCCUCAAGUACGUCAAGAAGAUGGAGACGGAAGUGCGUACUCAGCGUGAACGCAUCCAGGAGCUUGAGCGGCUGGCCAAUGAGCAGAAGAUCAUCGUGCGCUAUCUUGAGGACCGCGAGCAUGACCUGCGUCGCACCCACGAUAACCACAAGAAGCACACCAAGAGCUCGGACCUGGACGACCUGAUGGAGAAACCGGCGCUGAAGCGGCGAGGGCUCGACGACGACGACGAGGAAACCAGCGAGUAG